AAUCUCAGCAAGUCUUGCGAUUGUUUUGGUCAGGCCCGCAAAGUGAUUUGGCGAUGACAUAUCGCAGUGUCAUUCAAUUAAUCGUCGAUAUCGAAGCCGCAUUGCAACUUCUAAAAUAAAUAAUACUUCUAAAUAAGUAAGCGGUCUCCAAGCGGGUCUUUAGGCGAUUGCGUAGCGAAUCCACCAGCAAGAAAUCCACCGGAAAAAAGGGGCAUUUCUGAGCCAAGGAGCAGCGCAAGCAGGACACAAGCAAAAAGGGCGAAAGAGUGGAGGCAAAUUGUUUGGGAAAUACAACGCCUAUUAGCAACGGCCGGAAGCUAAAGCAAUGUCGUCGGCUAGGGACCUUAUCAAAAUCGACAUAGAAUGGGGUAUGGAGCGCCUGGUGCGGGCUCAGCAAGUGGUGGAGUUGCGGCCCUUUGACAUCGAGUCCUGGAGCGUCAUGAUCCGCGAGGCUCAAACACGGCCAAUCCACGAAGUGCGCAGCCUUUACGAGUCGCUAGUUAAUGUGUUCCCGACGACCGCUCGUUACUGGAAACUGUACAUUGAGAUGGAGAUGCGCAGCCGGUACUACGAACGCGUGGAGAAACUUUUUCAGCGCUGCCUAGUCAAGAUUUUGAACAUAGACCUCUGGAAGCUCUAUCUUACCUACGUAAAGGAAACCAAGUCGGGUCUCAGCACUCACAAAGAAAAAAUGGCCCAGGCUUAUGAUUUUGCACUGGAGAAAAUCGGUAUGGAUCUACACUCGUUCAGCAUUUGGCAGGAUUACAUAUACUUUCUGCGUGGCGUUGAAGCAGUGGGCAACUAUGCUGAGAACCAGAAGAUCACAGCCGUACGCCGCGUCUAUCAAAAGGCGGUAGUCACACCCAUCGUGGGCAUCGAGCAGUUGUGGAAAGAUUAUAUCGCCUUCGAGCAAAACAUAAACCCUAUAAUAUCGGAGAAAAUGAGUCUGGAGCGAUCAAAGGAUUACAUGAACGCCCGCCGUGUUGCCAAAGAGUUGGAAUACCACACAAAGGGUCUUAAUCGCAACCUGCCAGCCGUCCCACCCACGCUCACAAAGGAGGAGGUGAAGCAAGUGGAGCUGUGGAAGCGCUUUAUCACGUACGAGAAGUCGAAUCCGUUGCGCACUGAAGACACGGCCUUAGUCACCCGUCGCGUCAUGUUCGCCACGGAACAAUGUUUGCUGGUGCUCACCCACCAUCCGGCAGUGUGGCACCAGGCCUCCCAAUUUCUGGACACCAGUGCUCGCGUGCUCACCGAGAAAGGCGACGUCCAGGCGGCUAAGAUUUUUGCGGACGAGUGCGCUAAUAUACUGGAGAGGUCUAUAAACGGCGUGUUAAACCGGAAUGCGUUGCUAUAUUUUGCCUAUGCGGACUUUGAAGAAGGACGGCUAAAGUACGAGAAGGUGCACUCCAUGUACAACAAGCUGUUACAGUUGCCAGACAUUGAUCCCACAUUGGUUUAUGUUCAGUACAUGAAGUUCGCCCGUCGUGCUGAGGGGAUCAAGUCGGCCCGUAGCAUUUUUAAGAAAGCUCGGGAGGACGUACGGUCGCGUUAUCACAUUUUUGUGGCCGCUGCUCUAAUGGAGUACUAUUGCUCCAAGGACAAGGAAAUCGCGUUCCGCAUCUUCGAGCUGGGACUUAAGCGUUUUGGUGGCAGUCCAGAGUACGUAAUGUGCUACAUUGACUACCUGUCCCAUCUGAACGAGGACAAUAAUACGCGGGUCCUGUUCGAACGGGUACUUAGUUCUGGCGGUUUGUCGCCGCACAAGAGUGUUGAGGUUUGGAAUCGCUUCCUCGAGUUCGAGUCUAAUAUUGGGGAUCUUUCCAGCAUCGUUAAGGUCGAACGUCGCCGUAGUGCCGUAUUCGAGAACCUUAAAGAGUAUGAGGGUAAGGAGACCGCCCAGCUGGUUGAUCGCUACAAAUUUCUGGACCUAUACCCAUGCACCAGCACCGAGCUGAAGUCCAUAGGGUAUGCUGAGAAUGUGGGAAUUAUACUGAACAAGGUGGGUGGUGGAGUUCAAAGCCAAAGCGCCGGAGAAGUCGACACAGAUAGCGAGGCUGCGCCGCCGUUGCCACGUCCGGAUUUUUCCCAGAUGAUUCCAUUCAAGGCGCGUCCGUGCGCUCAUCCUGGUGCCCAUCCACUUGCAGGCGGUGUAUUUCCGCAACCGCCAGCUCUGGCCGCCUUGUGCGCUACCCUGCCUCCACCGAACUCCUUCCGCGGACCCUUCGUCAGCGUAGAGCUACUCUUUGACAUCUUCAUGCGCCUCAAUCUUCCGGACUCUGCACCCCAACCGAAUGGAGACAACGAAUUGUCGCCUAAGAUCUUCGAUCUGGCCAAGUCGGUUCACUGGAUCGUGGACACAAGUACGUAUACGGGAGUGCAGCACAGUGUUACGGCAAUUCCUCCGCGGCGGCGACGACUGCUGCCUGGGGGCGAUGACAGUGACGACGAGUUGCAGACCGCUGUGCCGCCCACCCACGAUAUAUAUCGCUUGCGGCAGCUAAAGCGUUUUGCCAAGUCCAAUUAAGGAUCGUUGAACAGACAGACUUACACUUAUUUCUUUCAAUUAAUGCACUUAUAACAAAUACAACUAAAAUAAACCACAAAUACUUUGGCA